GAAAGAUAUUACAGAAAUCAUCCAAAAACAAAUGAAAUUUUGGCUUUCAGUCGCAGAAGGAAAGAUCUGGUUAGGUGGAUUCUACGGUCGGUCGAUCGAUCUUUUCACGCCACUGUAUCAAGAACUUGGCCGGAGAAACACAUCCACACAGAUUUCCCUUUUUUCUCUUGAUUCAUUUCACCGUGUGUCAGCCUCAGCCCAGCCUCCGUCCCCAUCCCAGCUGUACGCUUUUUUUGGCACCAUAAAAAAGCCCCAUUUCCCCGUCUCUGUUUCUCAUACUCUGUUUCGUAUGCUCCCGUCUCUGUUUCUCUUACUCUGUUUUUUUGGCUCCACGCUUGUCGUUUCAAACCACACCCACCGACCGCCAUCGCAGGAAGAAAUGAAGAGCCACUUCGUUCUGGUUCACGGAACCGGCCACGGCGCCUGGUGCUGGUACAAGCUCGUCACUCUGCUCGAAUCGGCAGGCCGCCGAGCCACGGCCCUGGACCUCGGCGGCAGCGGCAUCGAUCCCCGGCGGCUUGACGAGGUCUCCUCCAUCUCCGAUUACGUCAGCCCGCUGGUGGGUUUCCUCGCCGGUCUCCCCGAGGAAGAGAAAGUGAUCCUUGUGGGUCAUAGCUACGGCGGGAUCGCCAUCUCUCUGGCCAUGGAGAAGUUUCCCGGUAAAGUCUUGGUGGGUGUUUUCGUCACAGCGUUGAUGCCCAACUCCACUUCCCCACCGGCGAAUGUAGUCCUUGAGUUCUUCAACCGGACGCCGGCGGAGGCAUUGAUGGAUUCGCAGGUCCGUUUCGCGGAUGGGCCUGACAGCCCACCAACUUCGGCCAUAUUUGGCCCACGUCACAUGGCGACGAGUCUCUAUCAGGAGAGCCCACCCCAGGAUCUGGAACUGGCGAAGUUGCUGGCGAGGGAGAACGGAUUGUUUUUGAAGGACCUGAGUCAGGAAUCUCUGCUAACAGAGAAUAGAUUCGGAUCUGUGAAGAGGGUUUUCAUUGUAGCUGAAGAGGAUCAACUUAUGAAGAAAGAUUUACAGGAAUGGUUCAUUCAAAAAAGCCCACCCAAAGACGUGAAGUUCAUCGCAGGAGCUGACCACAUGACAAAACCCUUCUUCCUCCUUCCUCUACCAGAGUUGAAUCUCAAGCUCAAGAUGCCAUUGACGGAAAUCCUCGCCGUGACUGACAAUUUCAACCCAAAGCUUCUAAUCGGAUCCGGCGGAUUCGGGAAAGUAUACGAAGGCAAGCUCGCAAACGGAGUGACAGUCGCGGUGAAGAGAAGCGAAUCGGGUCACGGACAAGGCCGACCCGAAUUUCAAACAGAGGUUUUAGUCCUCUCCAAGAUCCGCCACCGCCACCUCGUCUCCUUAAUCGGGUACUGCGACGACGGCGCCGAGAUGAUCCUCGUCUACGAGUUCAUGAAAAACGGAACCCUCAGAGACCAUCUCUACAGAUCCGACGAUGAUGAUUCCAGUUCUUCUCCUCCCUCCUCCGUGGCUUCCACCACCACGAUGCUGAAUUGGAAGCAGAGGCUCGACAUCUGCAUCGGGUCGGCCAAAGGCCUGCACUAUCUUCACACCGGAUCCGACGGGGGGAUUAUUCACAGGGACGUCAAGUCGACGAACAUCCUGCUGGACGAGAAUUUCGUCGCGAAAGUGGCCAAUUUCGGACUCUCUCAGGCGGGGGAGGGAAAGAAGAAAAAGGCGGCCCAUUUCGUGCUGGUCCACGGCGCCUGCCACGGAGCUUGGUGCUGGUUCAAGCUCAAGCGCCUCCUCGAAUCGUCCGGCCACCGCGUCACCGCCGUGGAUCUGGCGGCUUCGGGGAUCGACGGCGAGGCGAUUCACCGGGUCCCCACUUUCCGUCACUACACGCAGCCGUUGCUCGACGCUCUGCAACCGGCGGCCGGCGGCGACGACGAUGAAAGGGUUGUUCUUGUUGGGCAUAGUUCUGGCGGCCUGAGUUGCGCCCUGGCUAUGGAGACAUUCCCGGGGAAGAUUGCGGAUUUGGAGCUGGCGAAGGCGGUGGUGAGACCGAGCUCUCUGUACUUGCACGAUCUGAGCAAGGCAGAGAAGUUUACAGAGGAAGGAUACGGUUCGGUACGCAGAGUCUUUGUGAUUUGCAAUGAGGAUCGAGCGAUAAAAGAAGAGUACCAGAGAUGGAUGAUUGAGAAUUUCGUCGUCGAAAGAGUGAUGGAGAUCAAGGAAUCGGAUCACAUGGCUAUGCUUUGUGAACCCAGGAAGCUCUUCGAUUGUCUUUCUGAGAUAGCAGAUAAUUACUCUUGAUCGGUGGUAGUAUGACAAUUUUCGCAAAGGAUUACGCGAAGAGGAAGGGCCAAAAAAAACUUGCAGUUUUUAUAGCGGCUCAAACUGAUUUAACAAUACCAGGUUACACAUCGCUCAACUUUAAAUAAACAGAGCUUAUAAAACGAAACUUGAAACGUCUUUUUCUUGUUAUGUUUCUCUUCGAGCAAUCCCGAUCAACCGAGAAUUUCUUCAGCUGCUUCAUCCUUUCAGUUUGAUACGGUAU